CAUUUCACUCUGAAAAAUGGAUCUUUACCCAGCAGUCACCUUUUCAAUCUCUUCUUCUAUCGAAGGUGGAACUUCAUUCAUUAAGGCUUUCGCCAAUCACAUAGAUCAUUUUCUGGGAAUUCAAUAUGCAACUGCCGGUAGAUUUGAAGAACCACAAGAAGUUCCUCUAUGGGAGGGAAAGAGAGAUGCCAAGAAUUUACGCAAUUUUGUUCCUCAGUCUAUGGAAUCUCUAUCGAAAGAAUUCUCACCGCCGAAAAGAUAUAUUAAAGAGCAAAAUAUGGACGAAGACUGUCUCUAUUUAAAUAUAUGGAGACCUUCAAAAGUUAAUAAAGGCCAUCGUCUACCAGUUUUGGUUUUUAUUCAUGGUGGAAAUUUCAAAAGUGGAUGCGGUGAUAUUUUCGACGGAGAGAUUCUCGCCUGUGGAACAGGUGCCAUCGUUGUGAACUUUAAUUAUCGUUUGGGUAUUUUAGGAUUUAUGUGUACAAAAGAUGGCGUACUGCAAGGUAAUUAUGGACUUUUGGAUCAAGUUGCUGCCCUUAAAUGGAUCAAUAAGUACAUCGAAUAUUUCGGGGGAGAUAAAAAUAAUGUAACUUUAUACGGGGUUGGCUCAGGUGCCACUAUGGCGACUGCCCACAUGAUGUCAAGUUUAUCAAAAGGGCUCUUUCAUAAAGUUAUAUGUAGCAGUGGUAAUUUAAUUAGUCCUAUUGCAUACUCAAGAGAAUUUUUUUCCGAAACUCUUUACUUUUUUGCUAAACGAUUCGGUUAUUCUGGAUCGAAAGAUGGAAAAGAGAUAAAGGAAUAUCUAAUGCAACUUCCCAUUUCUUCUAUAACAAGAAUUACACAUAACGCAAUUCCUAUGGGAGUUUGUAUCGAUGGGAAAUUCUUAACAAAACAUCCAAAGGAGCUAAUAGAAAGUAAAGAAUAUUCACAGGUUCCUCUUAUGCUUGGAACUUUUGAUGAGGGAUUCAAAAUGUUUUCUAAAUAUUUAACCUCAACUGAUGGAAAACUUAAGGGAGCUGAUCAUUUUAACAUGAUUCUUAACGGUAUCGUUAAGGAUUUUACGUUUAUGAAUAGUUCAACCGAAGUAACUGAUGAGGUUGUACAAAAAUUAGUUAAAUCCUUUGGUCCCAAAAGAACAAAGAAGGAUGAAGAUUAUCUCAAGAGCGGUUGUAAAAUAUUUGGUGAUAUGAUGGUUAAUUUUCCUACUUAUAAAUUGGCUUAUAUGCAUCAAAGUAACGCCCCAGUAUAUAUGUACGAAGUACAUGUUCCAAAUAUGUCGGUUGAAGCUCCAUCGUGGGUUGAAACAUGCCAUGGCGAAGAAUACAGAUUUACCUUUGGAGAAACCUUUGCAGAAAGGUCAGAAAUACCUUGGAAGAAAGAACAUAAAGAUAUAUCAAUUUCUUUAAUUAAGCGAUUUACCGAAUUUUUGACCAAAGGAGAAAUAAGCGACUGGAAACCAUUUACACCUGAGACCAAAUACAUCGAAAUAUUUAAAGCACCCGAAGCAAAAAUUCAAUCAAACUACGACGAUAAAAGAAUGAAAGUUUGGGUUGAAUUAGAUCAGAAAGCCGAAAAAGACGCAAAUAGAAAAUCUAUGGAUCAAUUAAAUCUCAACACCACAAUUGAAAAUUUGUUUAAAGUGUACUUUGCCAAAGGUUUUAAUAUAUAA